UAUGGCGGUCUUGAGAUAAAAAUAAAUAAAUUUUUAACCAGCUUUUAAAGUUGUUUGGCAAGAUUGUCAGAUUGGGAAGAUGAUAUGGCGUUACCCCCUUGCUGUAGUAACUGGCGAGUUUGGCUGAAGCCACUGGCCGUCGUUGUUUACAUUUUAUUGUUGUGUAUUUCAGUUCCGCUAUGUAUUUGGGAGCUGCACAACAGAAGAGCACAAACUCAUACACAAGCUUGGUUUAUUGGCGCUAUAUUUGUGUUCUUCACAAUCGGGUUUGCAUUCGCCGGUAUAAUACAACAUCUGCUCAACUACACAAAACCUCAUCUGCAAAGAUAUAUUCUUAGAAUCCUUUGGAUGGUACCAAUAUAUUCUAUUUCCAGUUGGUUAGCCCUCAGAUUUCCUUCAGGAGCUAUUUACUUGGACAGUAUUCGUGAAUGUUACGAGGCGUUCGUUAUUUUGUCAUUUCUGGCAUAUUUGCUCAGUUAUCUCUAUGCUGAGUACGCGGACUUUGACCGUGUUAUGGAAGCAAAGCCACAAGUUCAUCAUCUGUUUCCCGUUUGUUGCCUGCCCGAUUGGCAAAUGGGAAAAGAGUUUAUCGAGAAUUGUAAGCAUGGUGUAAUCUCGUAUACUGUAGUUAGACUCCUCUCAACAUUUGUUGCCUUCGUUACUGAACUAUCAGGUCAUUACAAUGAGGGAAAUUUUGACUUUAAGUCUGCUUGGUCAUAUAUAGUUGUUAUAACAAAUUUCUCACAAAUGUGGGCCCUUUAUUGUCUAGUAUUAUUUUACAAAGCGACUCACAAAGAACUUCAACCAAUAAAACCAUUUGGAAAGUUCUUGUGUAUAAAAAUGGUUGUGUUUGCCACUUUUUGGCAGGCGGCCCUUAUUGGAAUCUUAGUUAAGGCUGGUGUAAUUUCUGGAGAAAAAACUUGGGAAUUUAAAGAUGUUGAAGAUGUUUCAACAGGCAUUCAGAAUUUUUGCAUCUGUGUGGAAAUGUUCAUUGCUGCCGUCGCUCAUUAUUACGUGUUCUCUCACACACCAUUCGUGGAUCCAAACGCACCAUCAUACCCAUGCUGGGCUUCGUUUCGUUCGAUGUUUGACAUGUCUGAUGUCAGACAAGACAUGACCAACCAUGUUCGUGUUGUUGGGAGAAGCGUUAAAGACACCGUAUUGCGUACUAUGCCGCGUAAAACACAGAACCAGAAUGAAAGGAUUCGUUUACUAGACAAUCCUUCAAAUGCACAGCCGACAAUUAACGAAGUUAACGAGCAAGCUGAAGUUAAUCUUAGCCAAGAUAUUAACGAAGCAACCGUAGAAACGAACUAAUCAGUGUAGAAUAUUUAGAUCAUUAUUUAUUUCCCCGACCAAAUUACCGACCAUUUAUAAGUAUUCCAAAGGAUGUGUUAGCACUGAUACCUAUAAAGGCUUUGCAUGAAAUUUUAAAAUUAGAAAACGACCGUUUUAUUUGUUACGCAAGUCGUCAAAACGAGAUGAAAACCCUUGUUAAUUUUUGGGCUAUAGAGGUUGAAUCUAUUGAAAUCGUCGACGUCCGUAAUUUUAUUUACAAUCUACGUGGUAACCACAAUUUGUCAAAAAGUUUAUUAAACCAUAGUAGCUAAUUAUUAAACCGUUUAGAACAGCCAU